AUGCUUCAAAGGAAACCCUCAAAUGUCUCAGAAAAACCAAAAAAUAAACCAAAGCGCUCCGCCAGCUUUGGCAGAUUUGACAUUUCCAGACAUCACGCUGCCCGAGACAAGCCAGAGGAGAAUGGAGCGAAUUCGUCAGCAGACGGAGAGGUGAAUGAAGGGGACCAGAAUAAGGCCGGUGGACUAGGGAAGAGGGUGAAGGCGAUCUCAAUGACCAUGCGUAAGAGGAUGGGGAGAAAAUACGCCAAGGCUCUGUCUGAGGAGAUGGGCGAAGACGUGGACAAGGACCUGGAGCAUGAGAGAGAGACGGACACCGGCAGUGGUUUAGUCAAAGCCUGCAGGAGGUCCAGCAACUCACUGGAAAGCCUCUACAGUUUAAACAGCGGACAGAGCUCAUCCAGUGGCGUAACCAGUGGAUCUGAUGGUUCCAGUAACAGAGACAGUCUGAGGCUGGAUGAGGAUCUGCCCUACACAGGCCAGUUCUGCGGAAAAGCCAAAGUCCACACGGACUUUGUCCCAAGUCCGUACGACACGGAGUCCCUCAAACUCAAGGUGGGUGAUGUGAUUGACAUUAUCAGCAAGCCACCGAUGGGUAUCUGGACAGGCAUGCUGAACAACAGAGUGGGCAACUUUAAAUUCAUCUACGUGGAUGUGCUGCCGGAGGAAGUGGUCCCACCUCAGCAGCUGCGGACCCACCGAAGGAGCAAAAGACCUCGGCCGAAAACGCUGCAGGAGCUCCUGGAGAGACUCAAUCUCGAGGACCUGGCCUCCUCUCUGAUGCUGAACGGCUAUGAGACAGUGGACGACCUAAAGGAACUGAAGGAACAGCACCUCAUUGAGCUCAAUGUGACUGACCCUGAGCAGAGACACAGACUGCUGGCUGCCUCAGAGGCCCUGCAGGAGAAUGACAGUGAGUACCCAGCCGAUGCAGAGGAGGAGCCCAGGUCUCCGUCGGCCGACGCGAAGGCAGACCUGAUCGACUGUCCGCGGGACUCGGGCUGUUACAUAGCGUCAGACUGCUCUGACAACAGUAAAGAGGACUCUGACAACACCCAGCCCCCGUGCACAACUCUCACCCAAACCAGAGCCCCCGUGCACAACUCUCACCCAAACCAGUGCCCCGCUGCACAACUCUCGCCCAAACCAGUGCCCCGCUGCACAACUCUCGCCCAAACCAGUGCCCCGCUGCACAACUCUCACCCAAACCAGUGUCCCGCUGCACAACUCUCACCCAAACCAGAGGAAACCGGCUCUUCUGGAGGAAACCCAGCCAAACACGGGGGGAACAUGCAAACUCCACACAGAAAGGACCCUGGACGCCUGGCUCACUGCGCUACUGUGCCCCCCCCGCCCAUGACAAACAUGUACAUGGAAAUACAGGAGGAAACUGGCUCUGAGCGCAGGACUCAGUACCCGAGUGGUGCAGGGCUGGGCAGGUCUGAGAGGUAA